AUGUCAGACAAGAGUGAUUUGAAAGCAGAACUUGAGCGUAAAAAGCAACGUUUGGCUCAAAUACGAGAGGAGAAGAAACGGAAGGAAGAAGAAAGAAAAAAGAAAGAGGCAGAUUUUCAGCAAAAGAAAGAGCCAACACAGGAAGAUUCUGAUCUUGAUCGCAAGAGAAGAGAGACAGAAGCUUUACUUCAGAGCAUUGGGAUUUCCCCAGAACCACCUCUAGUGCAGUCGUUGCAUGUUUUAACAUGGGAUACCUGUUAUUUUCAUUAUUUAGUCCCAACCCCUAUGUCUCCCUCUCCGAAAUCAGUGAGCACUCCCAGUGAAGCUGGAAGCCAAGACUCCGGAGACUUGGGACCAGUAGGAAGGACCCUGCAGUGGGACACAGACCCUUCAGUGCUGCAGCUCCAGUCUGACUCUGAACUUGGCCGCCGUCUGCACAAGCUAGGCGUGUCAAAGAUUACCCAGGUUGACUUCUUACCUCGGGAAGUGGUGUCGUAUUCGAAGGAGACUCAGACACCUCUUUCGACUCAUCGGUCUGAAGAGGAUGAGGAAGAUGAGGAAUUGGUUGAACCAAAAGCACAGAAUGAAUCUGAGAUGGAAACUCAAGAAAAGAAGCAAGAUGUGAAGGAAGCUCCUCCUAGAGAACUGACAGAGGAAGAAAAGCAACAGAUUGUCCAUUCUGAAGAAUUCCUUAUAUUUUUUGACCGUACAAUACGAGUGAUUGAGAGAGCUCUUGCUGAAGAUUCAGACAUUUUCUUCGACUACAGUGGUCGAGAUGUUGAAGAGAAAGAUGGAGAUGUUCAAGCAGGGGCCAACUUGUCCUUUAACCGCCAGUUCUAUGAUGAACAUUGGUCUAAACAUCGGGUUGUCACUUGUAUGGAUUGGUCUCUUCAGUAUCCUGAGCUGAUGGUUGCUUCCUAUAACAACAACGAAGAUGCCCCACACGAACCAGACGGGGUAGCCUUGGUUUGGAACAUGAAAUUUAAGAAAACUACCCCUGAAUAUGUUUUUCAUUGUCAGUCUUCUGUGAUGUCUGUCUGUUUUGCACGGUUUCAUCCAAACUUGGUUGUUGGAGGCACUUAUUCUGGUCAAAUUGUGCUGUGGGAUAAUCGCAGUCACAGGAGGACACCAGUUCAGCGCACACCUCUUUCUGCUGCUGCUCAUACGCACCCUGUAUACUGCGUCAAUGUCGUUGGAACACAGAAUGCUCACAACCUCAUUACCGUUUCCACAGAUGGCAAAAUGUGUUCUUGGAGCCUGGAUAUGCUCUCAACUCCACAGGAGAGCAUGGAGCUGAUGUUCAACAAAUCCAAGCCAGUAGCGGUUACUGGAAUGGCUUUCCCAACUGGAGACGUCAAUAACUUUGUGGUUGGGAGUGAAGAGGGCACGGUCUACACAGCGUGUCGUCAUGGAAGUAAAGCGGGCAUCGGUGAAAUCUUUGAAGGCCACCAAGGUCCAGUCACUGGAAUCAACUGCCACAUGGCCGUCGGUCCAAUUGACUUCUCCCACCUCUUUGUCACAUCAUCAUUUGACUGGACUGUCAAAUUAUGGACUACAAAGCACAACAAGCCGCUCUACUCCUUUGAAGACAAUGCAGACUAUGUCUACGAUGUCAUGUGGUCGCCAGUGCACCCCGCGCUCUUUGCCUGCGUGGACGGGAUGGGCCGCUUGGAUCUCUGGAACCUGAAUAAUGACACCGAGGUUCCAACAGCCAGCGUAACCAUUGAAGGAGCUUCUGCCCUCAAUCGAGUCCGUUGGGCCCAAGCUGGUAAAGAAGUAGCAGUUGGCGAUUCAGAAGGAAGGAUCUGGAUCUAUGACGUUGGAGAGCUGGCUAUACCACACAGUGAUGAGUGGUCUCGGUUUGCCAGGACUCUGGUGGAAAUCCGGGCCAACAGAGCAGACAGUGAAGAAGAGGGAGCCAUGGAAAUAGCUGCCUAGAAGAGAUGAAACCUCUCCCUAAUUCAUCCCAGGUUGGCAUCUGCCCUGGGUUGAGUACGCCAUUGUUUAGUGUCAAGUUGGCAUUGUUGUGGCUUUCAAUACCAGUGUUCGUGCCAGCAUUAGAGUUCUCAUUCCUCCAUAUUAAUCACACUAUGCUUAAAGCAGGCUGAAAAUAUCCAGAGCCUUUUCACGCUUCAUAUUUCUUCUUCUUCUUCUUCUUUUUUUGAGAAGUUAGGGAUAAGAAGACAAAUCAGGCUGCCAUGGGAUUAGUGCUUGCCUUUUAACUCCUUGUAGUAGCUACAAUGACUAGCUGGAAAUCCCUGGAUAAACUUGGGCUCCUCAGCACUUCUGGCACAGCCCUAUUAAAUCCAUAUGAAGCCUGAUCUGAUUGGGUGCAGAUGUGGUGUGCUUCACGACAUGGGACUGGGCAAAAUACGUUAGAUGUGGUGUUUCACAUGGUGACUUACAUUAUGAAUGGAUGUACUAUACGAAUGUUGCUGCUCCUUAUUUAUUGCGGUGUGCUGCAUGGAACAUAUUUAUUUGAAAGCAUUAAAAUAAACGAUCCUAGAGCAUGUGCAUAAUGAGCAAGCGGCAUUGUCUCCACAUGCCUGUCGGGGUUAUGUCGAGUUCCAAAUAACAAUUACAGGAUGUCACUUUGUACUAAAAUGAAAUCUGUAAGAGGUUGGUUGAA